AUGAAUAAAGAGCGACAUAAGGUCUGCAUUGAUGGGGACAAGGCCAGCAGUAACACAGCAUCCCUCAAGGGCAAAGAGAAAGCUGGAACUGAUACAAAGGAAGCGCUUCCGAUUGCAUUAAAGCAGGCAAACGGUGCUGGGCUUUCCGGCCGACCACCCGCCUGUGACAUGCGGAGAGAAGGCACUACUCUCACCGUCGUGAAAAUGCACUUAUUUCCACUCAACUGUCUUAAUAUUGGUCGAAUAUUAGCUAUAGAGGUGGCAGAAGAAAUCCGAAAAUCGGUCGUUUCUGUGUCGGCCGCUGUGCUAAUGCAUCACACUACAGGCCCAAGUCCUGGGACCCAAGUGCUCGGCGGAUCAGUCCCGUAA